AUGGCCCAAGUUUCAAAGCAGCCUGCUCAGGACUUCCUGGACUUCGUCAACGCUUCCCCAACCCCUUUCCAUGCCGUCCAGUCCGCCAAGGAUCUUCUGGCAAAAGCUGGGUUCCAGGAAAUCAAGGAGAAAGAUUCCUGGGCAUCGACCUGCAAGCCUGGCGGUCGCUACUACCUGACCCGCAACACUACCACUCUUAUCGCCUUUGCGAUCGGAAAGCAAUGGACGCCUGGCAAUUCCAUUGCCAUGAUCGUUAGCAAGAAGCAGGGUGAAGGCUUCAUCCAAGUUGGCGUGGAGACUUAUGGCGGUGGUAUUUGGCACACUUGGUUCGAUCGUGACCUUGGUGUGGCUGGCCGAGUAAUGACCCGCUCCAGCGAUGGAUCCAUUGUUCAGAAAUUGGUUAAGGUUGACCGUCCAAUCCUUCGCAUCCCUACCCUGGCCAUCCACUUGGACCGCCAGGAGAACUUCUCCUUCAACAAGGAAACCCAGCUUUUCCCAAUCGCUGGCCUGGCCGCUGCUGAACUUAACAAGACAGCUGAACCUGCCCCAGCCAAGGAGGAUGAAUUUGCCCCGUUGAAGUCACCUUCUGAGCGCCACCACUCUCAAUUUGUUGAGCUUAUUGCGACUGAGGCCGGCGUCAAGCCAGAGGACGUUCUGGACUUCGAAUUGAUACUUUUCGAUACCCAAAAAUCCGCCCUGGGUGGUCUCAAUGAUGAGUUCAUUUUCUCUCCCCGCUUGGACAACCUGAACAGUACCUACUGUGCGACCGAGGCCCUCGCACAGUCCUCGGCGAGUGAGCAGGACCUAGAGAACGAGUCAGCCAUUCGCCUUAUUGCUCUCUUUGACCACGAGGAGAUUGGCAGCCGCACCGCUCAGGGCGCGGACUCUAACAUCCUCCCCUCCAUUAUUCGCCGUCUCUCCGUCCUUCCCUCAUCCAAGUCAUCGUCGGAGGACGUGUCAACUGCUUACGAGCAGACCCUCUCCACCUCCUUCCUCGUAUCUGCUGACAUGGCGCACUCUGUCAACCCCAACUAUGCUGCCAAGUAUGAGUCGGACCACAAGCCCGAGAUGAACAAGGGUACCGUUAUUAAGAUCAAUGCCAACGCUCGCUACGCCACAAACUCCCCGGGUAUCGUUCUUCUCCAGGAGAUCGCCCGCAAGGCCGGCCAAGAGCAAGGGCGACCAUCCCCUUGCAGCUAUUCGUUCACCAUCGGCCCUAUGCUCUCUGCAGCCUUGGGUGCCCGCACUCUAGACCUGGGCAACCCUCAAUUGAGUAUGCACAGUAUCCGUGAGACUGGCGGUACCUAUGAUGUUGACCAUGCCAUCCGACUGUUCAACGGCUUCUUCAAGCACUACUCUGAGCUGGCCCCCAAGAUCUUUGUGGACUAA